AUGGCAACAAAGCUCACCAUGAGAACAACAAAUCUCAUUAACAUCCUUAGAUUUCUUAGCUUCAUGACCCUCUUCACCACAACAAGUGCACAAUCACCAAACUAUGUAGGUGAUGAUUGUCGCAACUCAACAGAAGAAGCUCUCACAACUACAUACCAAACCAACCUUAACAAAAUCCUCUCAUGGCUAUCCUCCGAUGCUACCACAAGCAAGGGAUAUAACAACACCAUCAUAGGAAACAACACAGUUGAUGCAAUCUAUGGCCUCUAUGAUUGUAGAGGUGAUGUAACAGGAUCUUUCUGCCAAUUCUGUGUCUCUACUGCAGCCUCAGCAAUUUCUCAGCGUUGUCCUAACAGAUCCUCUGCUGUUAUAUGGUAUAACUUCUGCAUUCUAAGAUACUCAAACCAUGACUUUAUAGGGAACCUUACAACAAACCCAUCAUGGCAAAUUGUGGGGUCCAAGAACAUCACUAAUCCAGAAGAACUUCAAAAAGCUGAGAAUCAUAUGCAAAGUUUGGUAAGAGAAGCUACUGUGGAGACCAACCAGUUGUAUGCAAUGGGUAAGUUCAAUUUGAGUCCAGCUGAGGAAAGGUAUGGUUUGGUGCAGUGUAGUAGGGACCUUACUAAUGAUGAGUGCAGCCAGUGUUUGGAGGCUAUGCUUAACGAAGUUCCAAAAUGUUGUGGAACAAAGCUGGGAUGGCAGGUUUUGGCUCCAAGUUGUUUGAUAAAGUAUGAUGAUUUUAUGUUCUACCAGAUUACUAACCAAACAUCUUCUCCUUUGCCUAAUCCAGGUACAUGUGACACAUUAAUUUAUUCACUUUUUUUGCAAGUGGCCAUAUUUGGUUUUUUUGGUUCCACCUUAUACUUUGCACUUACGCUAGUCUUUUAG